AUGAGUAAGCCAGCUUCAUACACUUGUAAAAACUAUCUGAUCACAUCUCAAGAUCAAUUAGCAGCAUUGCAUCCAUCUUCUACUGCCAGUACCUUUUCUCUGUCUGACUUUGUUGAAUAUUCAUUAAACCCUUGUUAUUCUGCUUUGGGUUGUGAGCCAUUGCCCCCUUCAGUGUUUCCGAUUAAACUCGACCAAAGGAUUAUAAUGUGCAAGAGACAUUAUGAAUGUUUACUGGAGUUUUACAGACACGCGUAUGGCAGUCGCAAUCAUUUUGACCAUUAUUCAAACUGCGAAUCUAACCAGAUUUUUGUCAAUAACCGAAUUGAGAAAAUGACACAGAUAUUUCUUCUUGGACAGGAAUACUCUUCUGGAUCUUAUUUCCGCGCCUAUUAUCUUGAGAAUAACAGUGAAGAUAAAGCAGCGUUUCCUGGCCAUAUACUGUAUUUAUUUCAACAUUUGAUAACCAUCAACAAAACUGUCAUCACCCAUACUUUUGCAUUUGUUGAGUGGUACUCUAGUUAUUCUUCAGGGAGUUACCAGCCAAUGUUAAAUGAAGGCAUUGAGCUCUGGAAUGAACCUUCUUCUGUACUUAAUUAUGAAUAUAUUAUUCCAGUACAUUGUUUAUAUUCACUAAUUGCAAUUACUAAAUAUAGGUUUACUAUAACUAGUUAA